AGCCUGGGAAAGAAGAUGCGGGCCAUUUCCCUAACCAUGAAGAAAAAGAUGGGUAAAAAGUACAUCAAGGCACUCUCUGAGGACAUGAAUGAAGAAGGAAAAGAAGUCUGCUACUCGCAUAGUGACCCUGGGGAUGGAACACACACGGAGAAGGUCUGCUUAAAAGCCAGUGACUCCAUGGACAGUCUCUAUAGUUUGAAUAGUGGCCAGAGCUCUUCUAGUGGAGUGACUAGCUGUUCAGAUGGAACCAGCAACAGGGACAGCUUUAGACUUGAUGAUGAAGUCCCUUACACUGGACCAUUCUGUGGACGAGCCAAAGUGCACACCGACUUCACACCGAGUCCUUAUGACACUGACUCUCUCAAAAUCAAGAAAGGAGACAUUAUAGACAUCAUCUGCAAAACCCCCAUGGGUAUGUGGACAGGCAUGCUGAAUAACAAGGUGGGGCACUUCAAAUUCAUUUACGUCGAUAUUAUUUUGGAAGCGGAAGCUACACCUAGAAAGAUAAAGGCACACAGAGGGAGCAAAAGGGCCAAACCUAAAACUCUGCAGGAACUUUUGGAACGGGUCCAUCUUCAGGAAUACUCAUCAACCCUCUUGCUAAAUGGCUAUGAGACUUUGGAGGAUUUAAAGGAGCUACAGGACAGCCAUUUGAUUGAACUAAAUAUUACAAACCCAGAAGACAGGGCAAGGUUACUUUCUGCAGUUGAGAAUCUACAGGACUAUGAAACUGAACAAGAACAUGAAAAUGAGCAACAGCCCCUGUCCUUAAGCCCUGAUCUCAGCUUUAACAAGUCAGAGUUAAAUGACUGUCCGAGAGACUCUGGCUGUUACAUCUUAUCGGAAAAUUCAGAUAAUGGCAAAGAAGAGCUAGAUCCAGAAAACCUAUCUGACAUGCUACAGACGAUCACCAUCACUGAGACCAACUGA